AUGAGAGCUUUAAACGAGGGGGCAUUCCUGUACAUCGGAAACCCCGUGAGGAGUGUCGUGCAUGGUUGCCUGCCCAGUGGGUUGAAUAUCACCAGCGUCUCCUCGGAGGAAUCAGCCUCAUCCUCCCGUGGUGUUAAGGAAGACGCCCUUCUCUCUGUGGCGCAGACCCCAAAGCUCUCCCCUGUGGAGGCUCUUUUUGACGCUGACCAGGUCUGUCCUCCUGUCUGCCCCACCUUGGGGAUGCGGCCCUGCAGCUUCACCUUGUCCCUGGAUGAGGUCCUCGGACUCCUCCCGACACGCCUUCUUCGAGAGCCAGCAGUGACUCUCAGAGAAGUAGUAAAGACUCCUCUCAGAGACGUGCAGAUGCACGCUCUCCUUCGAGACCUGCCAGACCCUCACGCUACCCAACAGGCUGCUUCACCUCUGUCUCAGCAACAGUAUAAGCGCUCACCGAGAUGUGCCACUGCCCGUGCGUGCCAACUCAUGUCACCAGAGAGUUUUUCUAAACAUUCCUGCAGGCGCUCUCGUUCUCCAGUAUCACGCCCCAGACGCGCUCCUUCUUCUUCUACACAUGCUACAAAAUGUGCAUUUUCACCUACGUCUGAGUCAGAGUACCCAUCCUCGGAACUUCCAUCGUCUGCUCCUCCUCCAGAGGUCCCAUCUCCACAUCGGGAUCCUUGUAAAGCUGCAACCCAGCCUUCCCAAAGGCAGCCAUAUAGGCUUUCACAGUUGAUCAGAGGUCGUCGUUCCCCGACUCUUCCUCAAGAACAAGGCCGCAAGCGGGUCCCUUCUUCUUAUGGCCUUCCAGCCCCCCUUCCUAUUCCUCUUGGGAAGUUGGGAGAGCAGUUAAGGGGAUUUACUAUCCCUAAGCUGCCACAAGUGCUUAAUGUCAGCCGAGAUCCUCCUGACAGGGCUCCCACAGUGCUUGCAGAGAGGGCUCCAUCUCCCCUUUCUCCUCCAACUUUGCCAGAAGCAGACAGGCAUCCUCCAAUUCCACCUUCCCCCUUCUCGCAAGGGGCUGUCCAACGGGGGCAUAAGGACCUUUGGGAAGCAGCAAAGAAUCACCCUCGCGAUUCAGAGCCUCCAAGGACUCCUGUGUUGUGGGGGCCUCGGCUCCCAAACCUUCUGUGGCCCCUCAUGAAUAACUAG